UAUUGUUCCUCGCUCUCGAGUCUUGAGAGAUCGAAGGAAGGAACUGAGGAACAGAUCUGAGGAGAGAUGGAGUGCGUGUUCGGUCUCGUUGGUAAUGGAUUCGCUAUCGUUGCGGCGGAUACAUCGGCGGUACACAGCAUCCUUGUCCACAAGAACAACGAGGACAAGAUCAUGCUCCUUGACUCUCACAAGCUCAUCGCUGCAAGCGGCGAGCCUGGUGACCGGGUUCAGUUCACGGAGUAUGUACAGAAGAAUGUGUCACUGUAUCAGUUCCGGAACGGUAUCCCUUUGACUACCGCUGCUGCUGCCAACUUCACCCGUGGUGAGCUCGCCACUGCUUUAAGAAAGAAUCCUUACUCUGUGAACAUCCUGAUGGCUGGCUACGACAAAGAAGCAGGGGCAUCUCUUUACUACAUUGACUACAUUGCAACUCUUCACAAGGUUGACAAGGGAGCCUUCGGUUACGGCUCCUACUUCUCCCUCUCCACCAUGGACAGGCACUUCCGCGCCGACAUGUCUGUCGAAGAAGCCAUCGAGUUGGUCGACAAGUGCAUACUCGAGAUCAGGUCGAGGCUGGUCAUUGCGCCACCCAACUUUGUGAUCAAGAUCGUCGACAAGGAUGGAGCUCGCGAGCAUGCUUGGCGUCAGUCUGUACAAGAUGUCACCACUGCUGCUGUUUAAGUCUCUGUUAUGUUUGGUUGACAUUUGCUUUAAUGUUUGAACUUGGCAAAUUAGUUCCCAUAUGACUGUUUUAAACUUUGAAAAUGAAAACAUUUUUACUUGCUAA